AUGGGCACCUCCAUAAUCAACAUCCAACGCGACAUUAUACUUAAUACUAUCCGCCAUGCUGGGGGCCACGAUUGGAAAGUCUUGGUGGUGGAUGAGACCAGCAAGAAGUUGGUCAACAGCGCCGUGAAGGAGGAUGAAAUUCUGAACCUCAAUGUCUCCAAUGUCGAGCAGAUCGAGCACCGACGGCAGUCCAAUCCUGACAUGGAUGCGCUGUACAUACUCUCACCGCAAUCCUACGUGGUUGACUGUCUGAUGGCCGAUUUCGAAGUGGAAAGAUACAGGAAGGCCUUCUUGGUGUGGACCUCAUCCUUGGAUCCACAGCAGCGGGCCCGACUCAAACGAUCUGAGAUGGCCCAGGAACGUAUUGCCGACUAUCGCAUCAUGAAUAUCGAUUUCUACCCGCGGGAAUCACACCUGGUGACUUUCCGAGAUCCAUGGAGUUUCCCAGUUCUGUUCCAUCCGGGUUGCAACAAUUUGAUUCGGCGUCACCUAGAAGAAUUGGCCCAGAAAGCCGUCUCACUCUGCGCCUGCUUGGGCGAGUAUCCUGUGAUCCGAUACUACCGCCCUAGGUCUCCAACUCACGAGGCAGCGGUGCUGUGCUCUCACCUGGCACGGUUCAUUCAGAACGAGUUGGAUCAAUUCGCACAAUUCCAACGGGACUUCCCUCCUCCAUCAUCCCGGCCCAGAGGUGUCCUGCUUAUUGUGGACCGAUCUAUGGAUGUGCUUUCGCCCCUUCUUCACGAGUUCACAUAUCAGACCAUGGUGCACGAUCUAUUACCUAUCAAAGAUGGAGAUAAGGUCACAUACAAAACAGUGACCAACGAGGGCGAUCCGAACGAGGAGGUCAAAGAUAUGGAAAUUGGCGAGCACGACAAGGUCUGGGUAGACUACCGGCACAUGCACAUGAAGGAUGUGCUUGGGAAAUUGGGUGACGAUUUCGGUAAAUUUCGAGCUGCGAAUCCCCAAUUCGCCGACGACAACAACAAAUCGAAUGUGAACACGAUCAAGGACAUGUUGGCGGGUUUGACCGACUUCCAAGAGGGCAAGAAUGCGUACACGCUGCACUUGAAUAUGGCACAGGAAUGCAUGACAUUCUUCCAGAAGCGGAAACUUUUGGAAGUGAGUUCGAUCGAGCAGUCAUUCGCCACCGGUCUCGAUGAAAACUACAAGAAAGCCAAGAAUUUGGCGGCGCAGCUUGUGCAGCUACUUGAUGACGAGUCAGUCAUCCCGCCGGACCGGCUUCGACUAUUGCUCCUGUACAUCAUUUACCGGGGCGGCCUGCUGGGCGGUGACAUCCGGAAGCUGAUGGCACACGCACACCUUCCACCCCAGGAUGGAGAGGUGAUUGCUAAUCUUGACCUCUUGGGCGUGCGAGUGGAGAAACCGCUGCGGGAUGAGAAGCCGCCGGUUCAACCACUCUUCAACCGCCGAACUCCAGCCCCCGAGUCGGAGGAGCUCAGUCUGAGCCGAUAUGACCUGGGUCUUAAGCAAAUGCUGGAGGAGCAAAUCCGCGGCACCCUCGACCCAACUGUCUUCCCAUUCACCCGACCGCACACCGACACGGACGGCGGGCAAGUGGCCCAGGAAAUGAUCUCGCAGCAGGCCUCGCUCCGCAGUGCCAAACCCACCUGGGCGCGCACUCGUUCCGUCGACCAGCCCCGCCAGCGCAUUAUUGUAUUUAUGGCUGGCGGCGCCACGUACGGCGAGGCCCGGUCCUGCUACGAAGUCUCACAGACCUACGGCCGCGAUGUCUUCCUAGCCACCACACACAUGCUGACGCCAGGCCUCUUCAUGCGCCAAGUGGGCGAUCUUAGCGUCGACAAGCGCCGUCUUGAUAUCCCCGCCGAGCGUCCCAAGCCCUCCGCCCCAGCCCAUCUGUUCGAGCGCGAUCUCCCCCCGAAGCCCACUUCUCCGCCGCCGCAGAAGAAGCCCAUUCCUACGGCACACCUCAACCCGCCUGCACCCCCGGAGGCGCUGAUGGCCAACAUGUCUCUGGGACCCAAUGGAUCAAGUGGAACACCCCCGCCUCCGCCCAGCGGCGGCAAGCCCCACAAGAAGGAGAAGGAGAAGAAGGAUAAGGACAAAAAGGACAAGGAGAAGAAAUACCGUUUCUUCAAGUGA